CUAUGAUUCCAUACUAAACAAAACCAUUGUUUCCUUCAUCCAUCAUUCCACAGUUUCAACCGGCCGGCGACACUUUUCCAGGUUUAUCAUCUGACGAUCGAUCAUGUAUAAGGUUGCAAGCGCUUCGGAGUAUUUGGUGAUCACCGGUGUGGGCAUCACCGACAUCAAGAUUUCGAAGAAAGCAUGGGUUCUUCCCGGGCAAUCCUUCACCGUCUUCGACGUUUCUCCGGUGAACUACACCUUCGAAGUCCAGGCCAUGAGCGCCGAGAAGCUCCCUUUCAUCCUUCCUGCCGUCUUCACCAUCGGCCCUCGAGUCGACGACGAGUCCAGCCUCUUGAAGUACGCCAAGCUAAUUUCUCCCCACGACAAGCUCUCCCACCACGUCAAGGAGCUGGUGCAAGGGAUCAUCGAGGGCGAGACGCGCGUCCUCGCCGCGUCCAUGACCAUGGAAGAGAUCUUCAGAGGAACUAAGGAGUUUAAGCAGGAGGUUUUCGAGAAAGUGCAGCUGGAGCUCAACCAAUUCGGGCUUUUGAUCUACAAUGCCAACGUGAAACAGCUCGUUGACGUCCCGGGACACGAAUACUUCUCCUACUUGGGUCAGAAGACCCAAAUGGAGGCCGCAAAUCAGGCUAAAAUUGACGUUGCGGAAGCGAGGAUGAAAGGGGAGAUUGGGUCCAAGUCUCGUGAAGGGCAGACGUUGCAGAACGCGGCGAGAAUUGAUGCGGAAACCAAGAUUAUAUCGACUCAGAGACAAGGAGAGGGGAAGAAGGAAGAGAUCAAAGUGAAGACUGAGAUUAAGAUUUUCGAGAAUUUGAGAGAAGCUGAGGUGGCAGAAGCCAACGCUGAUCUGGCGAAGAAGAAGGCUGGUUGGGCUAAGGAGGCGGAAGUUGCGGAGGUGGAGGCUAAGAAAGCUGUGGCGCUCAGAGAUGCAGAGCUGCAGAAGGAGGUGGAGAGGAUGAAUGCGUUGACUGUAACUGAGAAGCUUAAGGCAGAGUUCUUGAGCAAAGCCAGCGUUGAAUACGAAACCAAGGUGCAAGAGGCAAAUUGGGAGCUUUACAAGAAGCAGAAAGCUGCAGAAGCCUAUCUGUAUCAAAAGGAGAAGGAAGCAGAGGCUCAGAAGGCAAUGGCGGAAGCCGAUCUCUACAAACGCCAACAAAUCUUAGACGGAGAAUUGUACGCAAAGCAGAAAGAAGCGGAGGGACUGAAAGCUAUUGCAGAAGCUCAAGGCGUGUACUUGCGAACCCUUUUGGGUGCUCUGGGCGGAAACUACGCCGCCCUCAGAGAUUACUUGUUGAUCAGCGGCGGAGUGUUUCAACAAAUCGCGAAGAUCAAUGCGGAAGCCGUGAAGGGCAUACAACCUAAAAUAAGUAUUUGGACCAACGGUGAUGCCGCUGCCUCCGCCGCAGACGGUGGUGCCUUGGGCGAAGUUGCCGGAGUUUAUAAAAUGCUGCCGCCGCUGUUCCAGACGGUGCAAGAACAGACGGGAAUGCUGCCGCCAGCUUGGAUGGGCAAAAUGGAUACUAAUAAUUAGUCUUUAUUUAUAAACCGUCGUAUUAUUAAAACUGAAAUAAGCUUCUUCUUUUUUCUUGACAAUUUAGUAGUAAAAAUUUGUAGUGUGUUUUUAUUUAUGUGACAAUUUUCAAUACAAGUUUUGUGCGACUC